AUGCUUUGCCAGACCGACUGCCAGCGCAGACAGCCCUGCCUCCCACCUCAUGUCGUCCUGGUGAGGAAUUUGCCUGUCAGUAGGAGCGUGGAUCCCUGCAGCUCCGUCCGCAGCAUCUCAUGCCUGAACACAUGUGCAGAUCCCUGCUACUACGCCAGGGUUCCUCAGGGCACCACCACCUAUCUGAAGCUUGGUAGCUGUGACUUGAGGCAGAUUGCCUUGGAUCCCUGCUGCCUUGGAAUCACCACACGCGUGGAUCCCUGCUGUCAGGAUGUGACCAGGUGCAGCAGCACCAGGUGUGUGGAUCCCUGCUGCUACAAAGUGACCGAGAGCAGCAGCACCGGGUAUGUGGAUUCCUGCUGUCAGGAUGCAACCCAGUGCACUACCACGUGUGUGGAUCCCUGCCGUCAGGAUGCAACCCAGUGCACUACCACGUGUGUGGAUCCCUGCCGUCAGGAUGCAACCCAGUGCACUACAAGAUGCGUGGAUCCCUGCCGCCAGGAUGUAACCCAGUGUGCUACAAGAUGCGUGGACCCCUGCUGCCAGGAUGUAACCCAGUGCACUACAAGAUGCGUGGACCCCUGCUGCCAGGAUGUAACCCAGUGCACUACAAGAUGCGUGGAUCCCUGCCGCCAGGAUGCAACCCAGUGCACAACCAGAUGUGUGGACCCCUGCCGCCAGGAUGUCACCAAGUGCACCACCAGAUGUGUGGAUCCCUGCCGCCAGGAUGUCACCAGGUGCACCACCAGAUGUGUGGAUCCCUGCCGCCAGGAUGCAACCCAGUGCACUGCAAGAUGCGUGGAUUCCUGCUGUCAGGAUGUCACCAAGUGCACUACCAGAUGUGUAGAUCCCUGUUGCAAGGAAGUGACCAAGUGUACUACUACCAGAUGUGUAGACCCCUGCUGUGAGGAAGUGACCAGGUGCACCACCACGUGUGUGGAUCCCUGCUGUAGACCUGUGACCAGAUGUGCUACCGCAUGUGUGGACCCAUGCUAUGGCAGAUAUACCAAGUGCACCACCAGAUGCGUGGACCCCUGCUAUGGAGCAGUAACCCGAGGCAGCACUAAGUAUGUGGAACCGUGUUGUGAUGAAGUGAGCAAGUGCACCAGCAGAUGUGUGGAUCCCUGCUGUCGUGAGGUGACCAAGUGCACCACCAGAUGUGUGGAUCCAUGCAGCGGAUGUGUGACCAGGUCCACCACUAAGUGUGUGGAUCCGUGCUGUGGCAGAGUGACCAAGUGUGCAAGGUGCAAGAAUCCCUGCUGUGGGGAAGUGAGCAAGUGCACCACCAGGUGCGUAGAUCCCUGCUGUGGCAGAGUGACCAAGUGUGUGGAUCCAUGCUGUAGGGAGGUGACCGGCUGCAAAACCAGGUGUGUGGAUCCCUGCUGCACAGAGGUGACAAAGUGUGCCACCAAAUGCGUAGAUCCCUGCUGUCAGGAUGCCACUAAGUGCACCACCACAUGUGUGGAUCCCUGCUGCAAGGAGGUGACCAAAUGCACUACCACGCGUGUGGACCCGUGCUGCCAGGACGCAACCCAGUGCACCACCAGGUGUGCAGAUCCCUGCUGCCAGGAUGCAACCCAAUGCACCACCACCUGCGUAGAUCCCUGCUGCCAGGAUGCAAACCAAUGCAAUUCCACGUGUGUGGAUCCCUGUGUGGCCCCCUGCUUUGUGAGGCCCACCCCACUGUGUGCCAGCAUCUGUGGCCAGCACUACUCCAUCAGCUGUGCCGACAUCUGCUGCCACAAGUGA